CCACUGAAAGUUCCUUGAUCCGUGUCUCCUUCCUCACCAAAGUUCAUCUCAGCAGGCCUUCCCAAUCCAUGGCUCCAGGCUCAGUACCGAAAUCUCCCUGAACGAAGGAUUCGUGACGAAAUGCAGGUCUUCGGAGUUACCGCGCUGGUUUUCCUGGCCCUCCAGGGCUCCGUGCAGGCUGUACAGAAUGCCAUCACGUGUACCACAACUGCGGACUGUGCUUGGGGCGAAACUUGUGUGGCUGGUGACGCAGACACAUCCGUCCAGGCCUGUGUAGCACCCACGGUUUGCGGAGGCUCCUCGAUGGGCAACUGUCCGUCCGAUGACACGGGCAAACUCGCUUGCCUCUGGAGACCAUUCAACGACUGCAGUGAAGGUUGUGCCAUUCUGAACGGAAACAAGGGCAUCUACAAGUGCGUGUCUAUUACGCGAUGCGAUGCGUACUACGGAGGUUCCAAAUGCAGUGACGGUUGCAGUGUGAAUGGAGUACGAUGCAAUGGCCAGGGAUCGUGCAACAUGAUGUCGUCCAAUGCUGACGGAACGCCAGUGUUCGGCUGCACAUGCGAUAAUGGCUACAGUGGAGAAAAGUGUGAGAAUGCUCCAGGUUCGACGAACACAUCCUCUACCGAUACCGACGACGAGGACUCAUUCUGGGGAGCGCUAGACGAUGGAUCUGAUGAUGAUGCAUCUAAGAAUGGAUCUGAUGAUGCCAAUGCCGACGACUCUGGUACCUCGGACGAUAAGUCCACAGAUGCAUCGGAUGACUCAGCUACGGACGAGUCGUCUACUGAUACGUCCGAUGAUUCGUCAACUGAUGCCGAUCAAUCAACCACCGAUGCAUCGGACGAGUCGAACGCCGACGACAAUGCAGAGGAUGACAGUGCGUCUAGCUCCAGCUCGGCGUCGUCGUCGGGCGAACUAGCUAACAGCGAGUCGGUGUCUAGUACUUCUCGUAGUGGCAUCCGACCAGGAGUUCUGAUCCUCGUACUCGUCAUGACAGCGUUCUUCUUGGUCGGCACGGUGUUGUUGGUUGCGUACUCGCGUAGAAGGAAGCAGCAGGAAGAGGAGGAAUACGCCAACGCCCUUGCUUCCACACAAGGUGUCGGCGCUGUGGGUGCGAGAGAUCUUGCAGCUGGUCACACCGGCCGUACACCGAGAUCCAACAUCGCUCGCAUGUAAACAGACAUGUUCCUUUAGAAGGAGCAUAUUUUACAAACUACUAGU